AUGCUGAUACCGCGGCGCCCAGGCAUAUAUUGGAACGGAAAGCCUGUUGAUGCAGAGCUCACAGUUUCCAUUUUGAACCGGCUGUCUUUCGCCUGGGCAGAGCCUCUACUGAGGUAUGUCUCGAUAAAUCAGAGCCUGGGAUUCGACAACCUGCCUCAGCUGGCACACUCCAAAAGAGCGGAGUAUCUGCUUUCGCGUCUCGUAGUCGCUAAGGCUAGUGGAGGAAAGUUGUGGGAAGCACUUGCCACCAUUCACAUUCGAUCCUUCAUACAGCAGGUGGUCUUGACUAUUCUAUCUUCUGCUUUGAGCGUCGGUCCACAAGCUGCAUUGUAUCAGAUUUUGCGAUGCCUCGAAGUUCGUGGGUUGGACCCUUCAGCAUCAUGGCGGUCCUGGCAAUGGGUUGUUAUCUUGGGUGCUUCAAGUACUCUGCUCACCACUCUGCAGUCUUGGGUGCAGUGGCUGAACAACGCUGAAGUAUGCAUUCCCAUGGUGGGAGAGCUUCUCACAGCCAUUUAUGCGAAGGUUUUGCGCACCAAGAGCAUCAGAUAUCUGCCAUCUGACCGUGGAGUCGGGGAGGCAAAUAAAGACGCGGGUCACGACUCUCCACAAAGCACUAUUAAUCUUGCAGCAGUGGACUCGGAGCGCAUUAUAGACUUCGCCGGAUAUACGUAUCUGAUACCUUCAGCACUGCUAAGGUUACUCUUUUCCUGCAUAUUCUUAGCCCGUGUGAUUGGGUGGAGAAGCCUAUGUUCAGGAAUUGCUGUGUCCGCCUUGGUGACUCCUGUCAACUCAUAUCUGACCAGCAGAUAUGGAGAAGCUCAACAGCGCCUCAUGAGCACCAGAGACAACAAACUAUCCAUUCUCACUGAGAUGCUUCGGGGCAUGCGGCAAAUCAAGUUCUCCGCGCUGGAGAGUGAAUGGAAGAAACGCAUUUCCGAUUGUAGAGAAGAGGAACUUCGCGCCCUCCGUACGACAUUCAUCUACAACGCCACCUUGUUUCCAAUAUUCUGGAGCCUGAGUCCUCUGUUACUUUCUUCGGUAUCUUUGUCGGUGUAUGUCUUGUGUUACGGGAACUUAACAGCUUCGGUUGCUUUCACCGCGAUACCAAUGUUAGGAUCUCUACAACUUUCCCUCGCAAUCCUGCCGGAGUUUUUCACACGGGGUCAGGAGGCCAAAGUAAGCUCUCAGCGCAUAAACAAGUACCUUGAGUUGGAAGAUAAACCCCCUAUUAUAUCUUCUCCAGAUGGUACCUCAUUCCAAGACGCCUCGGUCAGCUGGCCCACAGAAGGUCCCCUACUUGGUAAGGGUUCUGAGAGUGCUCUCCUUCACAACCUCAACCUGGCCUUCCCGAACGACGGCCUCAGCAUAAUUGUCGGAAAGACAGGAUCUGGUAAAAGCCUUCUUAUAUCUGCCAUCUUAGGAGAAUGUGAGCUUCUCCGUGGCUGUAUCAACACCGUUAGCUCGCCACAAGCAUGUUCUGAGGAACUAGCAGACAAUGAAGACUGGAUCAUUCCUACCAUAGCAAAUGUCACGGAAAACCCUUGGAUUGAGAAUUCCUCGAUUAAGGAUAAUAUAAUCUUCGGACUUCCUUUCGAUAUAGCGCGAUACAAUAGCGUUUUGUCCGCCUGCGCCCUCCUUGAAGACUUGCGGUUACUCGAGGACGGUGACCUAACUGAAGUCCGCCCAAAUGGUGUCAACCUAAGCGGUGGACGGCGCUGGAGACUUGCCUUGGCCAGAGCAUUGUACUCUCGAGCUAACACUUUGGUUAUGGACGACAUUUUCAGUGCCUUGGAUGCUCAGACUGGGCGUCAUGUGUACAAGAACGCUUUGACGGGAGAUUUGGCACGUGGCCGAACACGUAUCAUUGCUACACACCAUGUUGGGCUGUGUCUUCCAGAUGCUGAUCAUGUGGUGCACUUGAACAACGGGACUGUGGAGUAUGCGGGAAAAGUGAGCGGGCUGCAAACGUGUGGCCCAGAACUCCUACCACCCCUUGAAGAUCAAAGGUCUCAAGAGGCCACGCCAACAGCGGUGGAACGAGAAGAUAGAAAGCCAAGAAGCUUUGUCAUGGAAGAGAAACGGGAAACCGGCGCACUGAAAAGUUCUGUUUACCAAACCUACCUGAGAGCAGGCGGCGGACUCGGCAUAUGGACCCUCGUCUUGUUAUUGUACGCGAGCUAUGAGGGUCUUGGUCUGGGACGAUCUUGGUGGGUUAAAAUCUGGACAGGCCACCUCUCUCAAAACCAACAUUUACGCACAAUCCAGCCAGUCUCGAGUUCUGCCGAGACUGCUCACGACGAUCGCGAUACUAUCCCAUACCUCUAUAUCUAUGGUUCUCUAUCAAUAGGCGUCCUCCAGGGUGCUAUUCCAAAGACUAUCCACGGACUUUACCCGCAUCGAUUCCAAGAUUGGGGUAGACGCAGGGUUUCUCAUUGGGGAGUCUCUGAAGCUCUUGGCUGUUAUGACUACUGGGCUAUUCAUUUCCCCAUUACUGCUAAUCUUCGGAAUUGUUCUCAUGGGCUACUGCUGGAGAGUUCUUCUAUAUACCUAGCAGGAGCCCGCGAGAUAAAACGCCUUGAAAGUAUCUCCAGAAGUCCAAUCUACGAACAACUUCGGUCAUCUCUUGUGGGCUUGACUACCAUUCGCGCUUUCGGCAGGUCCUAUCACUAUACACAGAGCAUGCACUCAAAGAUCGACCAUCAUAUGCAGGCUUCAUGGUAUCUAGCACUGUUUCAGCGAUGGCUCGGCUUCCGCAUGGGCCUCGUCGGGGGCAUAUUUUCCACGGUCACGGCUGCUAUCGUGGUCCAGAUGCCAACUAUACCAGCCUCCUUGGCUGGCUUCACCUUAAGCUUUGCCUUGCAGUAUAGCUCAACCAUUACGCUACUACUCAGGCAGUACGCAAACAUGGAACUAAACAUGAGUGCAGUUGAACGUAUCCUUGAAUAUAUCAACGUUGAAAGUGAAGACCAAAAUGGUGUAGAUGUACCUGCAUCCUGGCCCAGUGAAGGACGGAUUGAAAUCCAAGACUUAACCGUUGGUUACGCUAUUAACCAGCAGCCGGUGCUAACCGGACUCACUCUCAACAUCAAAGCGAAUGAAAAAGUUGGAAUUGUCGGACGCACAGGGUCCGGCAAGUCGUCUUUAGCACUAGCCCUCUUCCGGUUCCUUGAGUUUCACAAAGGCAGCAUACAUAUCGAUGGGGUGGAUAUCUCUACGAUCAAGAUACAUGACCUCAGACGUCGGAUCGCACUCAUCCCUCAGGAUCCUGUCCUUUUUUCGGGGACAGUACGGAUGAACCUCGAUCCCUUUAAUGACUUCAGCGACGCAGAACUCGAGAACGCUCUCCAGCGCAUCCUUUUCCCAAUCCCGUCUGUUGAGGUCAGCAAGGUUCCACACUUGUCUCUCGAGUCCACUAUCGCUGAAGGAGGCCUGAGCCUGUCAGGGGGCCAGCGACAGCUCCUCUGUCUAGCACGAGCCAUUAUAUCUAAACCUAAGAUUAUGGUUCUCGAUGAGGCGACAUCGUCGGUCGAUACGAAAACCGAUGCUUCCAUUCAACAGCUAAUUCAGAAGGAAUUUAAGAACUCCACCUUUAUCGUUAUUGCGCACCGUCUCAGUACCAUUAUAAAUUUUGACCGGAUCCUGGUAAUGGACAAAGGGUCCGUGGUUGAGUUUGGAACGCCAAGUGAGCUGAUGGGUAUUGAGGAUGGAUAUUUUAGACGCUUGGUUGAUAUCAAUGGUGAGGGGAAGAGUUUAGAGAAGCGCAUUCUUAAAUGA